UCAUUUUCUUUGUCUCAACUCUCAAUCUCCUUCUCCUUCUUAUUUUUCUUCUUCUUUGCAUGAUAUUUGCUUUUGACACCCCCAAAAAAAUGUCUUCACAAUUAUCCCACCAUAAUAUUCAAGGUCUAACACAAGAAGAAUUCAAAGAACUUGAACCAAUCAUAAAAAAAUACCACAUAUUAGAACCAACACCAAACACAUGUACAUCAAUUAUAACCUACAAAAUUGAAGCACCAUCAAACAUAGUGUGGCCAUUUGUUAGAAGCUUUGAGAAUCCACAAAAAUACAAACAUUUUGUCAAAGGUUGUAACAUGAAAGGCGACGGUAAUGUUGGAAGUAUAAGAGAAGUGACGGUUGUUUCAGGUUUACCAGCUUCAACGAGCACAGAAAGAUUAGAGAUUUUAGAUGAUGAAAAACAUGUACUAAGUUUUAGAGUUGUUGGUGGCGAACAUCGUCUUCAAAACUAUCGAUCGGUUACUUCGGUUAAUGAAUUUGUCAACGAUGAAGGUAAGGUUUAUACUAUUGUUUUGGAAUCUUAUAUUGUUGAUAUUCCACAUGGGAACACUGAAGAAGAUACCAAGAUGUUUGUUGACACUGUUGUCAAGCUUAAUCUUCAAAAACUUGGAGUUGUUGCUAUGAGUUCAUGUUCAUCCAUGCAUGGACAAUAAUAAUUAAUCAAUUAAUGUUUUAGUUAAUUAAUUAGGAUCAUCCAUUAUGGACUCAUUAUGUUUGAGUUCAUUAGUUAUUGUUGCUUGGUAUUAAUUAUUAUAAUUUAUAAUGCAUAAGUUUCAUUUUCCUUCUUAA